CUGUUAUUUAAAUUGUCAUUCUUUACUGUAAUUUGUAUUUGAGGUUAUAGUUUAUACUUAAUAGCGGUAAAAGACGCUAAAUCAUUUAAAUAAAUCAAUAAAUUACAAACUUUAAACAUGAAACUAGUACGUUUUCUAAUGAAACUCAGCCACGAGACUGUAACUAUUGAAUUGAAGAAUGGCAGUGUUGUUCAUGGAACUAUCACCGGCGUCGAUGUCGCCAUGAACACUCAUCUAAAAGCAGUAAAAGUAACUUUGAAAAACAAAGAAGAAUUGCAGUUGGAAACGUUAAGUAUACGUGGAAACAACAUAAGGUAUUACUUGCUACCUGAUAGUUUACCAUUAGAGACGUUGUUGAUAGAUGAUGCGCCUAGAGGCAAAGGGAGGAGAGAAGGGUUCCAGAGAGGUGGUGGUGGUUCUCGAGGAGGUAGAGGCAGAGGCCGCGGUGGCAGAGGAGGACCCCGAGGUGGACGUGGGGGCCGUGGUCGUGGCCGUCGAUAAUCUAAUAUAUGUUAGUUAUAAGUUUCCUGUGAUUACAUUAAUUCCUACCAA